AAGUUUACCCAUUUUGCGAAUGAAAAUGCUGCCCACAAAGGAGACCUAAAAGAAAUUACUUUUCAGGUAAAGUCUGGAAUGUCUCUUAGCCAUAAUCAAACAAACGUGUAUAACCCUAUUGGGCUGUGAUUAUAAAGCUUUCAGCUCACCCCUGCAUCGAGUUAAUCAAAACCAUUUGAAAGCUGAAAAAAGAAAAAGAAAAAUACAGAUAGAAAAGCUUACGACAAUGACGGGAAUGGGCUCUUCUUGUGGAGCAUGCAAGUUCUUGAGAAGAAGGUGCACAAUAGAAUGUGUGUUUGCUCCUUAUUUCGGUUACGAACAAGCAGCUAGUCAUUUUGAAGCAGUGCAUAGGGUGUUUGGAGCUAGCAACGUCUCCAAGUUAUUGCUAAAUCUUCCAGUUCAAAACCGCGCUGAAGCUGCUAUAACCAUAUCCUAUGAAGCCCUGGCCAGAAUGCAGGAUCCCAUAUAUGGUUGUGUUGCUCACAUCUUUGCGCUCGAACAGCAGGUGGCCUGCCUGAAAGAGGAGAUCGAAAUGAUUGAGACUCAAAUGGCUAGUCUAGCAGUGGAUGUCACGUCUAGCUGUGAAAGCUAUAAUGUCGCAGACUACUCAAAUCCUGAGAUAGCCUUUGGGUGUGAUCAGUACAUGAAUCUAGCGAAUUUCAUAAAUCAACAACAGAUGGAACUGGACCCAAUUACAUACACAGAAGUUAAAGCUUGUGAUGACAGCCAAAUGAUGGUACAGUUCCCUCCGGGAAAUGGAUGGGAGGAUGCUAUUUCCCAGCUCUCUUCUUCCAACUCGAACUUAUCGGAGCCACUCUUUCAGGAAUUUACGCAAUCUAUAUAUGAGCAAUGCCUAUGGCCAGAGUAUUGCAGCACCUUAAACUGACGCCCCAUGUCACGUUAAAUUAAAUAGUAGAGCCCUCCUCCUACCACGACACAAUUUUGGGCCUAACAGUACGGCCUAUAGUCCUACUAUGACUCUCCCGGGUGAACCUCAAUCAUCAACGUAUAUGCAUUUUAUAUGGAAACUCUCAUGAAUUAUAUAAUUCAAGAAUCUAGAAUCUUUGUACACAAAAUUUUGCCACACACGAUCACACCACCCCUUUGGAUAUGUCAUCAUCCUAUUAUGAUUUUGAUUUCUACUUGUGAAAAGAUCUAUAUUCCAUGGCAAA